AUGGCCACUGAUAGAGAAGUUUUAAGAGAAGUAUGGGAAGGAAGAUUACCAAUAAGUUUUCGUUUAGAUCCUGACGAUGUACACGGUUUAAGAGAACCUGAUCCAGUAUAUUUACUAGUACCAAGAUUAAGUUAUUUUCCUCUAGUCACAGAUAAGAUUAGAAAACAAUUUUCUCGUCAUAUAUCAACGGAUAAACAAGAUGCGGAAAUGUGGUUAGAUUUUAAUGGUAUACCAUUAAAAUGGCAUUAUCCAAUUGGAGUAUUGUAUGAUUUAUCUGCGAGCGACAUUCAAUUACCAUGGAACAUAACAGUACAUUUUUCAAAAUUUCCAGAAAAGGAAAUAAUGCAUUGUUAUUCGAAAGAAGUUGUAGAAAGUUAUUUUAUGAGUUGUAUAAAAGAAGCUGACGUUUUAAAACACAGAAGUCAAGUAGUAUCGAAUAUGCAAAAAAAAGAUCAUAAUCAGCUUUGGCUUGGAUUGCAAAAUGAUAAAUUCGAUCAAUUUUGGGCUGUCAAUAAGAAAUUAAUGGAAGUUAGCGGUGAUGAAAAUUUUAAAUACAUUCCAUUUAGGUGUUACCAAAGCGAUGAUUAUUAUAUACAAAAAUUAAUUCGUCCCAUAACGGAAGAAGGACAAAAAAAAAUAUUGCAAAAUUUAAUCGAUGAAGUUUUUUUAGAAAAUAGCGAAAAAGUCAAAGUAUUCACUCAUGGUAUUGAACCACCGAGAGAUACGCCAUUACAAUGGAUGAGCGAACAUCUUAGUUAUCCUGAUAAUUUUUUACAUUUAAUUUGUACAACAUUACAAUAG